AUGCUCAACAACCUCACGGCAACAUCUCUAGGAGGUCACAAAGAGCACUGCUCGGAGAGCAAGCUCGAGUUGAAGGCGAGCGUGGAGCGUCACCAUGCGCCGGGCGCGCGCCUCCUCGCGCACUCUAUACGGCCGGACCACCUCCAAGGUGGCUUACACCAACAGCACGGUGGGCACAACAUGUCGACGGUGCCCGUCAGCAUGUCGUCUUCCGCGUCAGACAGCGACAAACCGGCCAAGCAGAAGAGGCACCGGACAAGGUUUACACCGGCUCAACUGAAUGAGUUAGAAAGAUGUUUCACGAAGACCCACUACCCGGAUAUCUUCAUGAGAGAAGAAAUCGCGAUGAGGAUCGGUCUAACGGAGAGUCGAGUACAGGUUUGGUUCCAAAACCGUCGGGCCAAAUGGAAAAAGCGUAAGAAGAGCACGAACGUUCCCGGAGUCUUCGCCGACAGAGCCUGGUCUAUGCCUGCAGGUCUCGGCCAGCUGUCGCAGGGCGGCGUGUCCAUGGGCGGAUUCGGUUCUGGCGGUCUACCGCAGUUGGCAGCGGAUCUCAACCCUUCUCUGCCGAUCAACUCGGUGUCUUCUCAGCCCUAUCAGUCGCACUAUCCGUUGAACUCCCUCGGCGACACAAUGAUGUCCUACUGCAACAACAUCAACCAGCAGAGCGCUCUGGAAGGCUCCCCCACCCCCCCGCAGCCGCACUGCGCGGCCAGCGCCUCCCCGGCGGCCUCAGUUUGUCUUGAAGGUAACGGCGGAGAACAGCAAGAAGAGGAGAUGUGGCGUGGCCACAGCAUAGCGGCGUUGCGCAGGCGCGCCUCGGAACUCUCCGCCGCCAUCCCCCCUUAUCUGCAGCUCAACUACGACGCACAUAGUCCCGUUUACUAG